GGGUGGUGGCCCUGGGGAUGGGGAAGGAGCAGGAGCUGCUGGAGGCGGCCCGCACCGGGCACCUCCCGGCCGUGGAGAAGCUGCUGUCCGGGAAGCGGCUCUCCUCGGGCUUCGGGGGCGGCGGUGGCGGCGGCUCCGGGGGCAGCGGCGGCGGCGGCGGGGGCGGCGGCGGCCUCGGCUCUUCCAGCCACCCUCUCUCCAGUCUGCUCAGCAUGUGGAGAGGGCCAAAUGUGAACUGUGUUGACAGCACUGGCUACACACCGCUGCACCAUGCUGCUCUGAAUGGCCACAAGGAUGUGGUGGAGGUUCUUCUGAGGAACGAUGCGCUGACCAAUGUGGCUGACUCUAAAGGCUGUUACCCUCUGCACUUGGCAGCCUGGAAAGGAGAUGCCCAGAUAGUGCGGUUGCUCAUCCAUCAAGGGCCCUCCCACACCAGAGUCAAUGAACAGAAUGCUCUUGAGAUCAAAGAACUCAAAAAGUACGGCCCCUUUGACCCUUAUAUCAAUGCCAAGAACAAUGACAACGAGACAGCCCUGCAUUGUGCAGCACAGUAUGGCCACACGGAGGUGGUGAAGGUGCUCUUGGAGGAGCUCACAGACCCAACCAUGCGAAACAACAAAUUCGAGACCCCUCUGGACCUGGCAGCACUGUACGGGCGGCUGGAGGUGGUGAAGAUGCUCCUCAAUGCACACCCCAACCUUCUGAGCUGCAACACUAAGAAGCACACCCCUCUGCACCUUGCAGCAAGGAACGGCCACAAGGCUGUGGUCCAGGUCCUCCUUGAUGCUGGCAUGGAUAGCAACUACCAGACGGAGAUGGGCAGUGCUUUGCAUGAGGCUGCUUUGUUUGGCAAGACCGAUGUGGUGCAAAUCCUGCUGGCUGCAGGAAUUGAUGUCAACAUAAAAGAUAACCAUGGACUGACUGCCCUAGACACUGUCCGGGAACUGCCUUCUCAGAAGAGCCAGCAGAUAGCAGCACUUAUUGAAGAUCACAUGACUGGAAAAAGAAGUACAAAAGAUGUAGUUACAAUCUCCAUGCCCCAGCCAGCUCUCCUCUCCACCAUGGACUCCGUAGCACCAAAGUCUCAGGGUGAUGUGGAGAAAGCAGUAACUGAACUGAUCAUCGAUUUUGACACAAAUGUUGAAGAGGAGGGUCCCUACGAGGCACUGUACAAUGCUGUUUCCUGCCAUUCAUUAGACAGCAUGGCCAGCGGGCGAUCAUCUGACCGGGACUCUGUGAACAAGGAGACCGAGGCAGCAGGAGCAAGAACCGCUGGAGUGAGGCCUAGAGAGCGUCCACCACCUCCAGCAAAGCCACCACCUGACGAAGAGGAGGAAGACCGCAUAGAUAAGAAGUAUUUUCCCUUGACAGCUUCUGAGGUCCUGGCCAUCAGACCUAGGAUUCAGGGGAGUGCAGCUAAGGAAGAGGACGAGCACCCUUAUGAGCUGCUGUUAACAGCAGAGACAAAGAAGCUGGUAUCAGUGGAUGGAAAAGCAAAAGACCACAGGCGGAGCAGCAGCAGCCGGAGCCAGGACUCUGCAGAGGGGCAGGACGGGCAGGUCCCUGAACAGUUCUCAGGUCUCCUCCACGGCUCCUCCCCGGUGUGCGAAGUGGGGCAAGACCCUUUCCAGCUGCUCUCCACCACCAGCCAGAGCCAUCCAGACGGGUCCCCCCAGCAGGGCGCCUGCCAGGAGGCCAGCAUGCAGCUGGAGGAGUCGGGUGUGCAUACUCCAGAAGCCUCCCAGCCCUGUGGUCUGGACCAGAGCAAGAGAGUGGGCUACCCAGCAGGCCUACCUACCACCAACAGCCUACCGCACCCCAGAACUUUGACUCGCACAGCAUCUCCACACCCUGGUGGUGCUGAGGAAGAAGGAGACCGGAGCGGGGCCAGAAGCCGAGCCCCUCCCACCAGCAAACCCAAAGCCGAGCUCAAACUCAGUCGCAGUUUGUCCAAGUCUGACUCUGAUCUCCUGACCUGCUCACCCACUGAGGACGCUACCAUGGGGAGCCGGAGUGAGUCUUUGUCCAACUGCAGCAUUGGGAAGAAGAGGCUGGAAAAGUCGCCUUCCUUUGCCUCGGAGUGGGAUGAGAUUGAGAAAAUCAUGAGCUCUAUUGGAGAAGGGAUCGACUUUUCUCAGGAACAGCAGAAGAUCUCAGGUUCGCGGACGCUGGAGCAGAGCGUUGGGGAGUGGCUGGAGUCGAUUGGGCUGCAGCAGUAUGAGAGCAAGUUGCUUCUGAAUGGCUUUGACGAUGUCCGCUUCCUGGGGUCUAAUGUGAUGGAAGAGCAGGACCUGCGGGAGAUCGGCAUCAGCGACCCACAGCACCGGCGGAAGCUGCUCCAGGCUGCGCGCUCCCUGCCCAAGGUAAAAGCCCUGGGCUAUGAUGGGAACAGUCCCCCAUCUGUGCCCUCCUGGCUGGACUCCCUGGGGCUGCAGGACUACGUGCACUCCUUCCUCUCCAGUGGCUACAGCUCCAUUGACACUGUGAAGAACCUCUGGGAGCUGGAGCUUGUCAACGUCCUGAAGGUCCACCUGCUGGGCCAUCGCAAGCGCAUCAUCGCCUCCCUGGCAGAGAGGCCCUACGAGGAGCCGCCACAGAAGCCCCCGAGGUUUUCCCAGCUGAGGUGCCAAGACUUGAUCUCCCAGACCUCAUCCCCACUGAGCCAGAAUGAUUCCUGCACUGGGCGGUCAGCAGACCUGCUGCUGCCUUCUGGGGACACAGGCAGGAGGCGGCAUGACAGUCUUCAGGACCCUGUGGCACCCUCUCGAGCAGAGCGUUUCAGAAUCCAGGAGGAGCACCGCGAGGCCAAGCUCACCCUGCGGCCGCCCAGCCUGGCUGCCCCCUACGCCCCCGUGCAGAGCUGGCAACACCAGCCAGAGAAGCUCAUCUUCGAGUCCUGUGGUUAUGAGGCCAACUAUCUGGGCUCCAUGCUCAUCAAAGAUCUGCGUGGGACAGAGUCCACGCAGGAUGCCUGCGCCAAGAUGCGGAAAUCCACCGAGCACAUGAAGAAGGUCCCCACCAUCAUCCUGUCCAUCACCUAUAAAGGUGUCAAGUUCAUCGAUGCGUCCAACAAGAACGUCAUCGCGGAGCAUGAGAUCCGCAACAUUUCCUGUGCGGCCCAGGACCCGGAGGACCUCUGUACCUUUGCCUAUAUCACCAAGGACCUGCAGACCAGCCACCACUAUUGCCAUGUGUUCAGCACAGUAGAUGUGAACCUGACCUACGAGAUCAUCCUGACGCUGGGGCAGGCGUUCGAGGUGGCCUAUCAGCUGGCCCUGCAGGCCCAGAAGUCCAGGUCGCUGGGGGCCUCUGCUGUUGAGAUGAUCGAAACAAAAUCUUCCAAACCGGUGCCUAAGCCUCGGGUGGGCACGAGGAAGUCCGCAGUGCCGCUGACCCCCGACAGUCGCUGCUGUCACUGUCACUCCUGCACCACCCACCGCCCUUCUUACCUGCCGCUGCCGCCUGUUAGUCCUGGAGUCAAGCUGGAACCACCGGACACUGACCAAGAGGCCCAGUCCCACGCCAGCGUCUCCUGGAUUGUGGACCCAAAGCCAGACUCUAAGCGGAGCCUCAGCACCAACUGAGCCACUGAGGAACCACUGUGCUUCGGAAACAGCCGGGGAGCAGGCUCUGCCCCCGCCACCACCGCCUGGCCUGCAGCUCCGAAGACCCAGCCCAGCCCCACCUGCAGGACCGCCACUCGCUGCUUGGCCUGGGCCUGCCACCACCAGGUCCUGCAAGCCAGCCCUGCCCUGGCUGCGGAGGAGCACUCCAGGCCCCUAGCAGAUGAGCCUGGAACCCAGAGGGUCAAGAAGUGACUUGUCCAGAAUACCAUGUUUUUAAUAGGAAAAAAUCUUUUUAUAAAAUGAACUUUUAACACUUGGCUCAAACCUCUAGGUAAAACUGCCAAUCUUUAGACAAAUAACUAUGGGGUCAGGGGACAGAGGAACUGAGGUUAGCCAAAAAGCCAGUUGGUACAGCCCUGUCCUCAGCAUGGGGCCUUGCGCUGUCCCAUGGUCGAGGUGGAAGGAGCAGGCCCAGAGGAGAUUCCUGAGGGGCUGCUCCUCAGACCAACAAGGCAGCUGCUGUUCUUAUAGACUGCUCAACUUUUGUCCCCAUCCAGAGCUGGACUCGGGUUCUUCAGGAAGAAAACAGCCUCAGAGGCACCUGGACUGAAGCAGAGGUUUCCGGUCUAUUCCUGGGGUUCCCAGUGUGAAGGUCCAGGGGCCAAAUGGGAGAUGGGCAAACAGUCUCUGGUGCCAGGAUGUCGUAGCUGGUACUGGGAGCUCCCAGUGGCUCACCUGGUGGGCAGUUGGCACUGCCAGGGCUGGACGCCCUGCGUGCUCUGCUGACAUCCCGCCUCAACCAGGUUAAACAGGCAAUAGCUGUGUUUUGGGCAUUAACGGAAAGGUCAGCUAAGAUUGCUACUUGCUAGUUGGUGACUUGUCUGAUCAGGUCUGUGUGAUUGGGCUUAUUUUGAUUCUCUGCGUUAUGGUUUGAGUGUUGUAUUCACUGCUGGGCACGUCCACGGCUCCAGAUGUGGAAGAGGCAGGUCAGAUGACAGUCCAUUUGAUUCCUCCUAUGUGACCUCGAGGGCAGGCUGGCGUCCUGGCAUUCCACUGCUGCUUAACCCUUCUGCUCGCUUGCUUUGCAUCUGAAAGUAACUUGGGACUGAGAAUUGAAGGGGUGGAGAGGCAAGGCCAGGCCAGCUGCUGGGCCAUCUCCUCCAGGUGGAGCGCAGCGUGUCAGCAGGCCGUGGCUCUUCUGGCCUGGUUCACUCUGGCCCCAGGGUGUGUGUUCCAGGCUUCAGCAGCACUUCGCUUCCCCAGCAGAGGCUGGGAGCUGGGAUUCUGUGCUGGUAUGUGUGCGCAAGGGACCACCGCUGGGCACCUUCCCAGCCUCUGGUUGCCCAGAGGUGGAAAGCAGGCUGCUGAGCACCCAGCACCGUGGUGGGGGGUGCAGCCCCCUCUGCAGUAGAGGCAGGUUGUCCUCCACCUCCGAAAACUACACAAGGACCUGUCACCUUGAAGUUGUACUGCUCUCCUGCCUCCUGCAUAGGGAUCCUCCCCUCAGUUCACACCUGUGGGGAAGGACGCGAAGACCGCGUCCUGGUCCCUCACUGCGCUGCUCUGGGCCUCGCGGCCCUGCACCCCUCUCCUCCCUGGCAAUGUAGGAGGCCCUGCUGGCGGCGGGGACCCUGGCGAGGAAAUGACACUAAGAUGAGUCCCUGACGCUGUUUUGUUUUUAGACAUGAACUCCCCUCCAAGCUGCUAUGUCCUCCGUAUUUAUUCAGGGCGCCUCCUGCGGGGAGGGCUUGAGCUGGGUUUCUUUCUGAAGGUUGAAAGGAAAGGGACUGGGCCUUCUCUUGCUUGUGCUCUCUUCCUUCUUUACUCCCCUCUGGGAGUUCCCUAGAAAGGAAUAUUGCAACCUUAAGGUCAGGCUCCAGGCGGAUAGGCCCCUGCUGUCGCGCUUCUCUGAGCGCAGGCUACACAGUGUAGCUCUCCCGGCAGCUGCACCUGCGUGGUGCAGGAGCCGUUGGCGGAGCCGGGCGCACUCAGUCCUGUGCUGGCCGCAGGUCCCGCCUGCCUCUGCUCUCCUCUCACCAGCUGCCCUGGGCGGCAGGCCUUCCCCUGCCGGGCUGCGUGCCGCUGCACUUCCCUCGGGCCUGGUGUGAGCAGGCAGCAUGCGCCAUCCGUCAAGACGUCAGACAUGAGUCUGAGCUCGGUCAGGUUUGAGCUACCCAGGCCCGCAGAGCGCAGUUCGCAAGACUGUUGCUGCUAAUGGUGUGGCGAUGGGACUGAACUGUAAUAAAAAUGUUAUUUAAUCUUUGUCUCUGUAUUUUGAUACUUGAAUGACUUUCCCUUGUUUUACUGUACAUAUAAUUGUUAAUCUGAUUUUGUCUGAAUUAUAAACAUCUUGUGGUACCAAACAUAACCGAUCUGUGCAGCAACAUAGACUGACCUCACUACACGAGAGUGUAAAUAGUCCUGGGCUUCCAGCUUUGGUUUUGUUAUUUUCAUAACUGUACAACUUAGACUGAAUUAAUAAAUGAGAAGUGACACAAAACCAGC